AUGGCUCUCCUAUCUCCACCGUUCACCUCAUCCUCUUAUCUCUACUGCUCACCUCAUCCUUUUAGAUUCACCGCUCACGGCUCUUCUUCCUCCACCGCUCAUCACUCACGACUUCCUCCUAUCUCCACCGCUCACAGCUUCUAUCGCCGCUCACUCUCUGGUUCCAUCUCUAGCUAUCAAUCGAGAUUCAAUCCCCUCAGGCUGGGAAUCCCGCCAAGCGAGACGGUCUUGAAGCGACCAGAGCAAAAUGACGACACUUCAGUCCCAGUGGGAAUCUCCCUCGGUCCUCUCGCGCCUUGGAUUCUAUGGGCUUUAUGGCUGGCUAGGAACGAUCGUAUUUUCAACAACAAGGGCACCACCCCGGAGGAAGUGAUCACAAAGGCAACCGCUGCAGCUCAAGAGUGGCUCCGAGAGCAGGGAAAUGAGCCAAUAAUAAGGAAUAACCCCCCACCACAGCGGCCUCUAGAUACAGCACACUACGCUUGCCUUCAGUCGGAUGCGGCAUGGCGUUCGGACUUACAUCUAGCAGGUCUGGGUUGGAUGGUGACUGAGGGACACCAGGCUAGCUCGCUCAUGUCUCACUGCUUCUACGUCAGCUCUCCCCUAAUCGCGGAGGGACUGGCACUUCGAGAAGCUCUGUUCUACUGCAUCGCCAAGGGACUCCGGGCCGUGAAGUGCGAGUCUGACUCUCUACAGCUCAUCCGAGCCUUGAAUGAGGAAACCCCCAUCUCAGAGAUCUAUGGCAUCAUUGCCGACAUCUUAAACCUUGUUGUCGCUUUUGAUUAUGUGUCUUUUGUUUGGAUCCCACGUUCUGAAAACAAGGCUGCUGAUGCCUUGGCAAAGCAGGCCUUGUCGAACGCAUCCUUUGUAGCUUCAUCCAUGAACCCGCGAGUUUAA